UAUAUAUGCAAAAUGACAUAAGACAGAAGAUAAUGAGGUUGAAGUUUGUGUAGUCUGCACAGUCACAUUUUCAGUCUUUAAAAACUUGGAUUUAUGUUUAGCAUGUGUUUUUUUUAUUUUCUGUGAGAGUACCAUAAAUGGUACACCAGUGUACCCAAGACCAUUGUUACUCCAUAAAAUUUCGUGCUUUUUCUCGUGGAAAUUUAAGAAUACACGAAAAAUAUGAUAUGCAGGAUAAAUAACAUACGCUAUUUUGAAACAGGAUAAAAGUACCGGUAUUUCCAUAAUAUUUCGGCGAAGACCAAACAGUGUGUUCUAGCUCAUGAAUUAGAAGUAUUCGAAGGGCGUCUUCAACUGAACCAUACAAAGUAUUUUCUGUUUACAAUGGUAUAUAAAUUUAGAAUUUCAUCAGAAUUUUAACAUAAUAAUAAUAAAAAAAAUUAGAAAAUUACGUUCACAAUUUUUUCCACUGAGCUUUCCACUUGUAAACUUGCCGUCGUUCUUUGUUCAUGUACUCACUUUUUAUGAACAAGAAGAACUAUAUAUAACUAAUUUGUUUAUCAAAAACAAAAAAGCUCGUACUUUUUUGUUUUAUCAAAAAACUGAAAUUAUUGUAAUUAUUAUUUCUUACUUGUUGGACAUUUUUAUUAUCCUGACAUCCUUUUUCUUAAUGGUAGUUAUGCACAAAGCGAGGUGAUCUUUUUUUCCAGCUUUAAGUUCAUUAUGCAAUAUUUUUACGACGUAACUCAAAGCUGUGUUUAAAUAGAUAUGAUGUAUUAUUUUGUUUCCUCAUUUUGAGUUAUGGAAUCUAUUGCCAACCAAUUAGGGUUUGUGCUCUACCUGACAACUCCCCUAUAGCACCAUCCAACAACCCACAUAUUGUGCCAUUUCCCCAAUUUCUCUAACGUAGCUUGGAAUUACGAGAGGCUAUUGUAACAUUCAAUUUUCUGUUUCAAAUUGAUGUUGAAGGAAUUGAAUUCUGGUAUCACACACGUAAAACCUGUAUUGGUUCUGAAGAUUUUGAAAUUAGAAGGACUUCUGUCACUAAUUUGUCUAAAGGCGUACGUAACACUUGGUUUUCAGAUCUGCAGAAAUCUGUCCGACCCUUUUAUUAUUUUUUUUGGCAUAGUUUUAUGGUUAAUAGUAUGUAUAUACUAUAAUUGUGUUGGUAGUGAGUUUUGAUAAAAGAAGUUAGUGUGUAAGAUAUAGCAGGGAAUAAAAGUGAUACAUACGGCAGAAAAUGGUGGUUUUUGCAUUAAUAAAUGUGUGUUACCACGUGAUAAUGCAAAUACCAACAGGAAAUCAGUUACAAAUACUUAUUUAAUUUUGGCAAAUGCAUCUAAUUCAGUAAGACAAAAUAUGUAUGACCAAUAUAAAUAUUCAGGGAAACUAAAUGAUCAUGGUCAAAAAAUAAGGACUGUACACUACACUAAAUAUUCAACAUCUAGUUAAGACUGAUAUUGCUUGUUAAUUUUGGUACUGUUACAACAUUAAACCUAACAGUUGUUUUCGAAAUUGCACAAUUAAAUGUAAAAUGAUGUACAGUGGUUAGCUAUAAUUGUCCCUAUUUCAAUUACAGAAACUGUAUACAUUUGAAAUAAUUUUAAGCAAGCUUUCUGUAUACCUGUUACGUACGGUUAUGAAAUGCUUCUUCAGACUAUGAAAUGAACGGAGCAAUCAUGCAUCAGGACCAAAUUUGUUGUGUGUAUCUACUGUUACUUUUGGUAUGCAAAUUAAUAUUUUGAAAAGAUUUUUAUGUUCGUACUACACUUUUUUAAGUUUUUAUGCUAAACAGUAGGUGGUGAAAUAUAAUUGUGAGGAGCAUAUUUGUCCAUUACUUUAAAUUUUAUGUCCAAAAACUUGUUUACAAAGGUAUUUUUCUUGUUUUUUUGGUUAACUGCCUUUGGAGGUGAGGUUAAUAUUACCUUGCUAGUUGACAAUAUUGAACAGCUCAAAAUUUUGGUGAUUAAAAAGAGUGGUACGUACAUUUAAGAAAAUCUAAACAGUUCAUAAACUAAGCAGGGCGCCAUUUUUUUUCUGAGCGAAACUGUUCCUGGCAACUUUGGGCUAUAAUGCACUGAUGAUUGUUCCUAUGGGGUAAAAGCAAUUACAAAUUAAGAACAUAUUUUUUUGACAGAUUGGUGACUGAAGCCCAGAAGCUUCACUAGCUAUAUGCAAAAUAAUGACAUCUCCCUGAUGCUGAAAACCAACUGCUGUGAUCAUCAAUGAUAAUUGUAUAUAAUGAUUAAAUAUUACCAUCCAUUUCAAUACCAGCGUAACUAGCUAAAACAUUAUCAUAUACCUUUGUAAAGCCAUUAAAAACAACACCUCACCUAGACCCUAAAUUCUUCAUGUCAAAAAUCCUGAAUUCUCAAAAAGAUUCCUAGACAACUUUUCAAGCUCUUUCAUAUGAAAUAAACUUGUUUUCAAGUGGUAGGUAAGCUUCAAGAGAUUUCUGUGGCUCAUAUGUGAGUUGCAUAAAAAAACCACCUUCUUUGUGGGAUUAUUAAAGUAUUCCUUAUGGCUAUUGAGGCUAACCAUAAUACAAUGCACAAGAGGUUACUGUUAUUGCAUUUACUUAACAAGGCUCCAGCGCAUGAACUGUAAAUGAUUCCAAACUAUUGUCAAGGAUAUAGAUUCUAUGGAAGACUUGUUCUUUAUGUGGAAAGCAAUUUUGUAUGCACAAAAAUAUAAUGCCACAAUUCAUUUUUUUUCUGGUAACUUCUAAUGACUUCUAAAUUAGUAUACAGGCAACAAAUAUGAACAGCAGUAGUGGAAGAAAACGUUCACACCGUCUGGCAUAUGGUGAAGUUCCAACUGAGAAACAAUCAACUCUCUCUGAGGAACAUGUGAAGAAACUUCUGGAAAAACAAACAUGCAAAAACACCUGCGUUGAAAAAGAGUUGAAGCGUCCAAAGAAUUUUGUAGAUGGUGUUGUUGUAACAGAUGGAACCUCUAAGAAGGCUGGUAUGAAAACUUUGAAUGAAUUUAAGACGUUAACUGCGUAUGAAGAGAAGGAAACAUCUUUAAGAGGUCAUGGUUUAACAGAGGAAGAAGUUGCUUUAAUGUUGAAAACAGAUAAGCAGGAGAAAUCAAACGAUGAAUCAUAUCGAUUCCGGAUGAAAAUUAUUGAAAAGAAAAUUUCUCAGCAUAAAGAACAACUGCAGCAAGAAGAUAAAUACAAAAGCUGCGUGUCUGUCAAUAGAAGAGAACUCGAAACUGAGCUAGCAACACAUCAUGGGGUGGAAAAACUAUCAUUUUCACAUUUGAUACAACACGAGGCGAAAGAAUAUCCUACGAAUGAUCCAGUAAUUGCAACUUUAAGGGAAUAUAACGAAGCUUUUAAGACAAAUGAGGAUAAAGAUCAGGAAGAAGAAGAAGAAGAAAUCGAAGAUGGGGACCUGUUCAUUGGGCCUUUGUUGUCGUCGAUCAAUGAACGUGUCGAAUGUAUUCCAGAAGAACUGAUUUUUCGAAAUCGAAUAAGUCUAACGGAUAUUCUCAAGAUGGAAAAGUUUAAAAAUUAUAAAGCGGGAAUACCAAGUAAGGUACUAUACAUAAAAAAUUUAGCAAGAGAAGUUAAAGAAGGAGAUCUUGCUCGGUUGUUUUCACGUUAUUAUGUGAAAGAUAAAUCCGACGUUGAAUAUAAAAUUAUGUCUGGAAGAAUGCAUGGACAAGCUUUUGUAACCUUCCACGACGAAGACACAGCCGUACAGGCUUUACUAUUAUGUAAUGGUUACAAACUUUACGACAAACCUAUCAUCAUUUCAUAUGGUAAAGCAAAGUCAUGACAAAAGAAGAAGAAGACAGACUGCUGCAAAGGCUGCACAGAUUGGUAGCAAAAUAAUGCAGUGACAUUGCACAGCGACAUUACACCACGACGCCUGCGUCUGAAACAUCACCCGAUAGUGAUAGCGAAGUUUAUUAAAGCGGUGGUGAAGUUAAAUGUUACUUGCCGACUUGACGCAUUUGUAAGGAGAAGUUAUGGUGUUGAACCCAAAUACCGUUAGUUAAACCAGCGAGGUUGGAGCUCAAAAUGUUCUUUUAUAUUUCAAUUACACUAAGACUUUUCACUAA